AUGGGUAUCGACGAAAGAACAUCCGCGGAGGUACUGCCUUCGAGGGACUCUACAACCCUAUUUUCAGAUGACGAAGAUGAAUCCAAGGCCAAUGUUCUUCCAAUGGGGUGGCAGCUGGUGGGAAUCAUUGGCAGUCUGAUGAUGGCGGUCUUCUGUAUGGCAUUGGAUAAUACCAUCAUCUCUGUCGCCAUCCCCAAGAUCACGACGGAGUUCCACAACCUCAACGAUGUUGGCUGGUAUGCCUCAGCCUACCUGCUCCCAGGAUGCGCUUUCCAACUUCUCGCAGGCAAGCUAUACACACACUUCAACAUCCGGCAGGUUCUCUUCGGUGCGAUAUUCAUUUUCGAAGUCGGUUCACUGGUAUGUGGUGUGGCGCCAACCUCGACCGCGCUCAUUGUCGGCCGCGCCGUAGCCGGACUGGGUAGUGCCGGUAUCUUCACUGGCGCGCUGGUAUCCAUUGCGCAUGUGACCGCAUUGGAGAAGCGGCCCCUAUACUUUAGUCUGAUUGGAGGUGUCUAUGGUCUUGCCUCUGUCAUUGGGCCUUUGCUCGGCGGUGCCUUCACCGACAAAGUAACCUGGCGCUGGUGCUUCUACAUCAACUUGCCGCUGGGUGGUGUUGCAGUCGUAGGACUGGUGUUCUUCCUUCGAAUGAAACCACGACAAGCAACCCAGAAGUCAUGGAAACAGGUUUUCUGGAGCUUGGAUCCUUUUGGGACAAUUCUGUUCGUCCCUUCCAUCGUUUGCCUGCUCCUCUCGCUGGCAUGGGGUGGCAGCACCUACGCAUGGUCAGAUGGUCGCAUCAUCGCUCUCUUUGUGGUCUUCGGCUUGACCCUAAUCACUUUCUGCUACCUCCAAUGGCACUUGAAGGGGAACGCGACAGUCCCGAUUUCCAUCGCUAGUCAGCGGACGAUCGCCUGUGCAUCGCUCUUCGAGUUCUGCCUUGGUGCUUCGUUCUUCAUCUUUGUGUACUUUGUGCCACUUUGGUUCGAAGCGAUUAAAAACACCUCGGCAGUCACAGCAGGCGUUGACCUUCUCCCCCUCAUUCUCUCCGAGAUCGUCGGAAUCGCUAUAUCCGGUGCUCUCGUAACUCACCUGGGCUACUUCAGCCCCUUUUUCAUCGCCUCCUCGGUGGUAAUGUCCAUCGGUGCAGGUCUCUGUCUCCUUUUCGACAUAGAUACCCCUACGGCCAAGUGGGUCGGAUAUCAAUUCCUAUACGGCUUUGGAGUGGGGCUGGGAUUCCAACAAGGUACUGUCGCCGCCCAAGCCGUGUUGCCUUUCAAUGACGUUGCUGUUGGCACUGCGGUCGUGGUGUUCUUGCAAAUUCUGGGUGGAUCCAUUUUUGUGUCUGUCGCACAGAACCAGUUCACAACAAAGCUGGUAAGCAACUUGCUGGCGCUCGAUAUUCCGGGGUUAAGCCCGCAGGGGAUCGUUUCUGCUGGAGCAACAGGAUUACGCGAUUUGGUAUCAGCGGAGGAUCUGCCGAUGGUACUGGUUGCGUAUAAUGACGCAAUUGUGAGUGCGUUGAAGGUUGGGGUUAUUAUCGGCGCUAUUAGUAUAAUUGGCGCGCUUGGGGUGGAGUGGAAGAGUGUAAAGCAGCCGGCGGGGAACGGGGAGGAAGGAGGGAUGGUUGCGCCGAUUGCCGCGUAA